CCGCAGUGACAUUCUUAUCUCGGCCAUAAAAUAUAUUAAAAAAAGAAAUAACACAAUACUAGACAGAACGCGAGAUUGCAUGUAAUUAAUAAUUAUCCAGUAUGCACUUGCGACAAUAUCAUCGACUCCGAGCAUGAGGUUAUUAUCGAAUUUUGCCGUGAACGCAUGCAGACGUUUGGGACAUCCGAAUAGCAGUCGGCUAACGUGCUCUGUCAGUUUGAGGAAAAUGGCGACUGAAGUGGAAAAGGCGCAAUCCGCCGCACCGGAAGGUGACACGAUAUUCGGGAAAAUUCUGCGUAAAGAAAUCCCGUGCAAGUUCAUCUACGAAGACAGUCAGUGUGUUGCAUUCGAUGACGUAAAUCCCCAGGCACCCGUGCACUUCCUGGUGAUCCCACGAAAGCCAAUCACGCAACUGUCCAAAGCGCAAGAUGAGGACGAGCCUUUGCUCGGCCAUCUGAUGAACGUUGCUCAGAAAGUCGCGAAACAGAAGGGCCUAGCAGACGGAUUUCGCUUAGUUGUCAAUGAUGGCAAACACGGUGCACAAUCGGUGUACCACCUGCAUUUGCAUGUUCUCGGUGGUCGACAGUUGCAGUGGCCACCUGGCUAAUGGUUCGUCCUUCACGUCUUCAUAGAAAGGCAACUUCGAUUAUAACGUUCUUGUUUAUCUUUAAUAAAACGUGAAAAUUAAAUUGUCUCGAGUGUGCAUUAAGGGAACACCAUAUUAAUGGAUAAUAAAUUUUAAUUUAGGAUAA